AACGCGUUUCUUGUUCACGACCACAAGCAACUGGUGUCCAACCAUCGACGUUUGUCACGAUGGACACAGAAUUCGAUCUUUCAGAUGCUAUCGAGCGGCUCGGUAAUGCAGAAAAUCUCGACCUUGACCACGAACGUGACCCCAGCAACGAAGAUCCUGAAACUAUCCUUGAGGGUGCGGUGGAAGCAGUAGCAGACCAAAGCGAUGCUAUCACUAUUCCAGAAGUUUUUGCGUCGUAUUGUAGCCUCCUGAAGCACUCGGGUACCAUACCAAGUGGAGUGAUGAACAAACUGCUUGAUUCGGUUUCCUCUGGUUUGCAAGCAGAAUUCGACAGCACCUACAGCGACAUAAGUAACGAUAAUCGUCAAACGUUUGACACACACAAGAAAGCACUCGAGAUGUACGCCUUCCUUUUACAUUGGGCGGUGAAAGUGGCAGAGAAGGUGAAAGGUUCAGACGGUGAUGACAGAAUAUCGGCCGUUGUAGCUCCCAAAACAAGGAGAGGAAGGGGCGCCAAAGCAGCUGGAUCCGGAAGGGCAGGUGGUCGUACUGGUACUAAGAAGCAGACGGGCUCAGAGGAGUGGAAUUGGAUGGGCCAAAUUCCACAGGUGCUGGCAUUAAUAAGUAAACUAAUGUCGCGUUUGCAGACGCAGCGCUUGUGGACUACAACAGCAGAGCGAGACAAGUUCAUUGGUUGUAUCACCCGACCGGCCUACCAUGUUGCAGAAAACGAGCAGUACAUGAAAGCAGAAGACAUCAAGCUCGGCGUUUACAAAGUGAUCUGUCUCGCCGUCAAACAUCAGGGCCAUUCAGCGGCUGCCCAGAUCCUCAUCAUGCAGCGUCUUCAGUAUUACGAACAUCUCGCAGAGCCGAUGGCGCAUUGCCUUUCCGUCUUGUCCAAAGAAUUCGACCAUAAUCAACUGGGUGACGAAAUUCUUCGAGAGGUUUCUCACAAGGACUUCCGUGGUCAGGACCAAAAGCAGACCAAGUCAUUUUCCAAGUUUUUGGCUAAGAUAGCAGAGGUAUCCCCGCGUAUGGUGUUGAAGCAAAUGAGCCUUCUUGUUAAUCACUUGGAUACAGACGUUGCGAAUAUACGUAUCGCCAUGGUGGAGGUCAUCGGUUUCCUGAUCAGAGAUCUAGACGCGUCACUGGACGCGGGUGCCUCUGAAGACGGUAACAUGGAUUCAAAGCAAAUACAAAAACAGAUCAAGGGCCUGUAUGAGAUGCUUCUCGAGCGUAUGCUGGACACAAAUGCACCCGUCCGGUCGAAAGUACUAGGCGUCCUGACCAGCCUCUGCAAAAUGAAGAGAAAGUUCCCCAAGCAGCGCCUGGAGGCCACGAAGGUUGCCAUUGUGGCCCUAGAAGACAAAAUGCCCAGUGUUCGCAAGGCUGCCAUCGUUCUCGUCAUUGAACUGAUCAAGACACAUCCGUAUGGUUUCGUCCUUGGUGGCCCACUGGAAUUAGAGCAUUUUGAGAAAGAGUAUCACUCGAUAAAGACUCAAUUGGCUGAAGCAGAGGCAAAGGUUGGCAAUGCACUUGCCAACCCCGAGGACAGCCAGGACCAAGAGGACCAAGAGGAAGCUCGAACCCAGAAGAAACGCUCGGAUGACGAGGACGAGGACGAGAUGGACGUAGACGAGGACGAGCAACCCACCGACGAAGAAAAAGAAAGCGAAGAUGAAUCCGAAGGCGAAGACGACGAUCAAGCCGAGGAAGAUACUUCCAUGGCAGGGUCCAAACCCAAAAAGGCGAAGAAGUCCAAACUCAAACCUCGAAAAUCGCAAAUCAAUGUCGUUCAAAUGAGCGCUGAAGCGGCUAUAGCGCACUUGGAAGGUCGCAUAGCGGAACAGCUUCGUUUGCAAAAGAAAUUCUACGUUGAAGCCCUAAACUUUAUACGCCAACUCGAUGCUGCCACAGAAAUCGUGCUCAAACUGUUGGGCUCAACGAAUAAAGCAGAAGUACUGGAAGGGAUUCACUUCUUUGAGGUGGCGCACGAAUACAAACUGACAUACACUGAGGAAGGACUCAGACAAAUGAUGCACCUGAUAUGGUCAAAAGACAACAGUGUUACCACAUCAGAGGAUGGUACCGAACAGCUGAAGGGGAUUCGUUCCCGCCUGCUCGAGUGUUAUCGCAAUCUUUACUUCGUUGUUCAUGCCGGAGAGGAGGCUCAAAGCCAAGUCAAUCGCAUAGCUAGAAACAUGAUCGAACUGACCUACGGGGCAACACUAGCUGAACUGACGAGUCUGGAGGAAAUGAUCCGAGUCAUGAUAGAGGACCGCCAGAUACAUCCAGACGUGGUGAACAAACUGUGGCAAAUUUUUGGCAAGGAUCGACAACUUCCCAAGCAGCAGCGACGAGGCGCUAUCAUCAUCAUCGGUAUGAUGGCAUUGGCCAAGCGCAGCGUUUUAGCCGAUCGAGUAGAGACCAUGUUGAAGGUUGGGUUGGGUGCCCUUGGUAAAGCCGACCUUACCCUAGCGCGCUACACAUGUGUUGCCUUACAGCGGCUGAAUGGGAGCGCCAAAAAAGUGAAAGGAUCUUUGCAUAACAAGACCCUUAGGCUUCCGAUGGAUAAUGCUGUUUUCCGUAAACUUCAAGAAGUCAUCGAGCGACCUUGUCGAUCCAAGGAGUGGUUCGGCGUCGCCGAACAAGCUAUCAACACCAUCUAUGCAUUGGGUGAACAUCCCGAUAGAUUGUGCAACGAUAUCAUCAAGAAGUUGACAUUCCGCGCCUUUACUCCUCGCAAUCGAACAUCUGGCGCGGAACAAACACAGGCUAACGGUGACCCAGAUGCCAUGGAUCAAGAUCACCCAGAGGAUGUCUCUCAAACCUCGGAUCAGCCUCCCAGUCAGGCUGGAAAAGAUGACAGCCUCGGAGACGCAUUCGAGCUCAGUCAACUUCUCUUUGUCGUUGGCCAUAUCGCUAUAAAGCACAUUGCAUUCCUCGAAAUCGUUGAAAGAGAGUGGAAACGACAGAAGGACGAGAAGCAGGCUGCUGAGAAGGCAGCUCGUGGUGCCCAUAAUACGAACAAAGACGGAGAAGAACUUGAUCAAGUUGCUGGAAACGCCGAAGACGAAAUUGGUGAUCGUGUGCAGGAGAUUCGCGAGCACGAAUUGCUUGAAGGGGGUUCCCUUCUCGCGCUAUUUGGACCCAUGCUUGUUCAUAUAUGUGGGAGCCCCCAUAAGUUCAAGAACCCUACCUUACGCGCAGCUGCGACGUUGUCUUUGAGCAAAUUUCUUUGCGUCAGCUCGAGUUUCUGCGAAAACAACCAUAGACUCCUGUUCAAAAUCCUCGAGACCUCGAAAAAUGCUAGCAUCCGGAGCAAUGUCGUUAUUGGCCUCGGUGAUGUUGCAGUUUCGUUCAAUAGUAUCAUCGACGAAAACAGCAACGAGUUGUACAAGGGUCUUUCGGAUAAAGACCCCGUGGUGAAGAAGAAUACGCUCAUGGUCCUUACCCAUCUCAUCUUGAACGGGAUGGUGAAGGUGAAGGGUCAGUUGGGAGAGAUGGCGAAAUGUCUGCAAGACGAGGAUCCACGCAUAGCAGAUCUGGCGAAGCUCUUCUUCACCGAACUGUCUACAAAGGAUAACGCAAUCUAUAACAACUUGCCUGAUGUCAUAAGUCAUUUGUCGACGGGAGAGCACGCAGUAGACGAGGAUAGAUUCCAGUCGACGAUGAAAUAUAUCUUUACCUUCAUCGAAAAGGAAAAACAAGCAGAGAACAUUGUCGACAAGCUCUGCCAACGGUUCCGAGUCGCAGACGAACCUAGACAGUGGCGAGAUAUCGCUUUUUGUUUAUCACUUCUUCCCUACAAAUCCGAAAAGUCCAUCAAGAAACUUAUCGAGUCCUUGCCCGCAUAUCAAGACAAAUUACAUGCGGAAGGGGUGUAUGAUAGGUUCUCUGAAAUUCUCGCGAAGGCUCGGCAACCCAAAGUUGGUGUAUCGAAAGAAAAUGGUGGUGGUGUUGACCUCCAAGAGUUUGAAGCAGCUCUUGAACAACACAAACGUCAAGGUGAAGAUGAUCAAGCACUUGAGAAACGCGUUGAGAAGAAGAAGGCUGCUGCGAAGAAACGGGCUUCACGGAGGAAUGUGAGGAGCAAACCUGCAAAAGUAGAGGAGGAGGAUGACUAGGUUGUAUAUCUAUUUUUUCUUGAGCUUAUUCUACUUGUACAUUUUUAGUGUAUACCGUAGAUGUAUAAUCUAUCCUGCCAUGUAAGCAUUCA